CGGCGCAGAGGUGCCGCCCCCUCGCCUCACACUUGAGUGAGCGCGGGGGAACCGGGCCGGAGUGAGGAAGCGGCCUCUCAGGCGGGUGGCCGCCACCGUCGUCGUUGCUGCCGCGACUUUUCUUCGGCCGGCCAGGACUGGGGGGACGGGGAGCAGGAUGGCGGAAACGGCGGGGCUGAGCCCUCGGGCAAAGGCUGCUGCAGAGGCGGCGGCAGCGGCAGCAGCAGCAGCAACGCCUCCCCCCACAGCGGCGGUAGCUGCCGGAGCUUGCCCCGUCGCUGCUUCUGUCGUUGUUUCGAGGGUCUCGCCGCGGUGGAAGCUGCACCGCCGCAGCCCCGGGGCCGCCAGCUGAACCACCGCUCCCUCCCCUCUCGGGACUCGUACUGGAAGGACCAGCGGGCGUUUCGCUCUCUCCUACUCCGCCCCGCCGGCGGGUUCCACUGAGGGUAGCGGCGGAGCCUGAGAGGAACCACAGCAGGGGGAGGAGGAGGAGGAAGAAGAAGAAAAAAGAGGCGGCGGCGGAGGAGGAGAAAGGGCCAUGGGUGCUAAACAGAGCGGGCCGGCCGCCGCUAAUGGCCGAACCCGGGCUUAUUCUGGCGGGGACUUACCUUCCAGCAGUAGCGGCGCUAACGGGACUGGCGGGCGGCCGAUAGGCGGAGGAGGAGCAGGAAGGUACACGCACCUGGCGCCGGGAGCGCACCACGCGGCCCCCGGGGGCUCGGCGAGUGGGGCGGCGGCGGCGGCUCCCCCUGUGGCAGCGCCCAGGAGCAGGUCUCUGGGUGGGCCGGCCGCCUCCGGGACUCGAGCCGCGCAUUCUGCCUUCAACAUCCCCAACAGCAGCGGCCUCUAUGGCUCCCAGGAUUCGGUCAACAGCACCCCUGAGGAAGGGGGACGGGCCGCGGCGGGAGGCGGCGGCGCAGGAGGACACGGUGGGGGCAGCGGCGGACCCCGGCUAGUUAUCGGCUCGCUGCCCGCUCACCUUUCGCCUCACCUGUUCGGAGGAUUCAAGUGCCCUGUUUGUUCCAAGUUUGUAUCUUCUGAUGAAAUGGAUUUACAUCUUGUGAUGUGCUUGACAAAACCAAGGAUAACCUACAAUGAGGAUGUGCUGAGUAAAGAUGCUGGGGAGUGUGCAAUAUGCCUGGAAGAGCUGCAGCAAGGGGAUACAAUAGCACGAUUACCUUGUCUAUGCAUAUAUCAUAAAGGAUGCAUAGAUGAAUGGUUUGAAGUAAACAGAUCUUGUCCAGAGCAUCCCUCAGAUUAAUGGCAGAAGUUCCUGUUUUUGAUGUCUCUUACACUGAUCAUGAAAUGUAAAGGAUUUGGCGUUCCGUCUUCAGAAGCUAAUAUGAAAGUGGACCUGUGUUCAUUUUGGACUGGGAAAGAAAACAGAUGGAACACAGCAUGGGACAAAUAAUGUGAAGUUGGAAGCUCAGUGUACCAAACAAUCACCUAAAGGAGACACAGGGAUUCUGAAAAUGCUGCACAUCUUGGAAAAAUCCUCUUCUCACAGACUUUAUGGAAACUAUUUUGUAUCUACAGGCCAAAGUUACUUUCAGUUUAAUUUUUUUUAAGCUGUGUACAGAAGCAGGAUGAAUUCACAUCCUUCCUUGAAUGGAAGCUGUGCGCUCUAGAUCACUCUGGGACAUUAUACAAGGAAGAUGCCAUUCUUGGGUUGGAAUCCCCUCCACCCCUUCACCCCAUGGGCUGCGGGGGAUACAGGCAAACUAUGAAGUACAGUCAAACAUUGUGAACUAACUCAUGAAAUUCCCCCACUCUAUAUGCUGUUCACAUUUUUUUUCUGUGAAAGAAUGCAACAUUCCUUGAUUUAGGAAUUUUUUGUAAGUGAAGCUUUGUCAGAGUGCAGCCCAAAGAGCAAAACGUAAUCAAGGCUGAUUGUUAAUUGACGUUGUUGAUCAGGCUAUAGAGUUAUUGAAAUCCGCAUACUGUGUUCAUUUCUGUAUAAGUAUACUAAAAUUCACUUUUACUGCUUGUGGGUAUCAAUGCAGCAACCUUCUUUUAAAAAGAGCAUAAUCUAGCAGCUAUGCAAUAUAUUUUUAAAAACAAAAUUAUAGGGAAAUGAGAAUUACCAUCUCUCGAACUGCUGCCAGUUAAGGUAAUUUAACGGGUAUUUUUUAAAAUGUUUCAGGUAGUUGUUUUCUUGUACUACUUCAAUCUCUAGGCUGCCCCUCUCCAGCUGAGUAGUCACAAAUGCGGGCAAAUGUUUCAUGGGGAUGGGACCUGGAUUGACUUUUUUGUGUGCUUUUCCUUUUUUUAUUGAUGGUUGUUUCAAUGGCAGGUCAUAGCAGAUCAUAGUAAUUUGCAUCUGAUGCCAUUGGUCAGUCUUUUGAUGGUGGCUAUAAUUCAAUGCCUGGUUAUUAUUCAUACUUCUUCUCAUUGAUAUAAAUGGGCUUAAGCAUACAUAACUUCAGGCAUAGAGUUGAAGGAAGCACCUAUAUUAUUGAACCAAUAAUAUUUUACUACACAAAUGUGGCUUACCAUAAAUUGUAAACUUAGGUGUCUUGGGUAGGGUAGAGAAGAGGCUCACUAAGUAAAACUGUGAGUUAUUAAUAAUAUAUUUGUUUCCACACAAAAAAGAGGGACCUGUUAUGGAAGCGAUUAAAGUAUUUUGUGAAGUUUGUAAUUAGAUGAAAAAGUGUUGAAUAAAGGUGGCGGAAACUUUUAACAUGUUUAAAUAGCAAAAAUUACAUGUGUACCACAUUAUUUCAUUCUUCUUAAGGAUUUAAUUCUGCUUCUCUUAUGACCAUUUUUCUAAAAAACAAACAAAUCUUAUCUCUGUUAAUUUGCAAAACCGCAGCUGUUACCUUACACAUAAAUGCAUAUGUGUUGCACACUUGAUACCUUGCUACUUAUCCACCUCUCAAAAAACACAAACUCUUAAGUGUACAAUCCACUGAUAAUGUCUUAUCUAAUGUAGAUAUGUACUCUGUGCCGUAGCCAGCAAUCGCUGCUGACUUCUGAAAAAGGAGAAGUAGACACUUGCUGUAUUAUUAUGAUCAGAUUCAACAUGCUGUAAUAGACGUUGGACAAGCAAAGAAUUUCCAAUCCUGUGUUUAUCCCCAGCGCAGCAUGAUGAUUUGCAGAGGAGGGAUUUUGAGCAGGAGAGGAGUGCUUGACCCUUUCCCCACGGAAAGGGACAGGUUUUUUUCCAUGGCUUCAAAAUUUCUAGAAAUGUUACUUCUUUACUCCCCCUCUAAAGCUUUUUUGUUGUUAUUGGGGAAAUCUGGUCUCCGCGUCAAGCUCAAGAAAAACCAGCCAGAGAAGACUGCAAGAGAAAAGCAAUGGAUGAGGAAAGGUCCCACUUCUUCAUCCCCCCUCCUCCGACUUCUGCUGUAUCUGCCCUGCAAAUGUCACCCCCACCCCAUUUUACACAAUGGAAGCAUCUGUGUUGUCUGCCAAAAAAAAAAAUCCUUCUGUGAUUUGAAAGGAAGCAAUACUGUAGUUUCUGAUAGGUUUUUUGAAAAAGUAUUUUGAAGAAGGGGAAUGAAUAAAGAAUGGUAUGAAGUUUUAUUAGCCUGGAGGCAGCUUCAGCAGCAGUUUGCUCUCUUUGCCUCGUCUUUCAAAUUCUCUUAUCCUCUGACAGUAAAGCCUUGCAUUAACAUUGGCUUUAAAUUUUUCCGCCGUAGCCUGGAACAGCAAUGCAUCAUACUAUUCAGGGACAUUCACUCCUUGAACUUAAAUCAGAGCCUCAGCUUCAGUGGCUGGGAUUCAAUGGUUUUUCAAGGAGCAGUAGUGCUAGUAUCAGACACUGAGGUUGGGACAAUCUAAGUCAAGAGUGGGGAACUUUUUCGUUUUGUUUUGCCCUGAGGGUUACAUUAGCACCCUGGAAGCAUGUCAGGGUCCCCGUGCCAGCAGCAAGUGUGGUCACAGCCCCAAGUGGGCUGAGGCCGUCUACCCUCUCACACACGUCUACCAUGAACCCCUUCCCCCCUUCAUAUGUUUUAAUGUGAUUUUAGAUUGUAAGCUUCUAGGCAGGGUAUUGCUGUUUUAUUUGUAUAUUUUGUACAGCACCAAGUACAUUGUUGGUGCUAUAUAAAUAAAUAAAUAAUACCAUUCACACACACAAACACAUGCAGUCCAUUCAUACAUGCACCCACCCCUUGCAUUCUUAUACACACCUUCCUGUACAUGGAGAAAAAAGGGGCAGCCCCUCUCUUCAUGCCCAGAAAGGCAUUUAAGCACUGUGUCCAUGGAGGAACAAGCUGGGUCUCUUCUUCCAUGUCUAGAUCACUCUGUUUUCUCUGUGCACAGAGAAACAAACCACCCUUUUCUCUGCACACAGUGAAAACAGUGUUUUGACCUAUAAACAGUGAUUUGACCUAUAAAAUCCCCAUGCCUGAUCUAAGCAAACCAUUCGUUCACCAACUUCUCAGGCUUCACCUUUUCUAAAGUCCUAUUCAUACAUUUUACAUAAAUGCCUAAAAAAUGUAAAGUGACAUUCAUGUAUCAUACAGGAGCUCUUAUGAAAAAGAGUGUAUAAAUAUAUCUAAGAAUAUAUCGCUGAUCUAGGAUUGGCGGCAGCUCUGUACAUGCAGUGGCGAACUGUAGGGACUUUUCAGACAGGUCUUUUUCCUUGUGUCCAUCAAUUCAAAAGUCCUUCAAGGAACUGGGAAAUGCUCCCUUGUUCAUUUGAGCUAUCCGAAGCUUUUAUUUCAUUCUAUUCAAUCUCCUCGCAAAACAGAUGGAUCCAGUAAAGAAUGUUUUAAAAACCCAGAAACCAAUUUCUGCUGUCCUUCUCCCCCUGCCACGCCCACCCCCCAAGCCCUGUAAUGUGUUUCUUUAGCUGUUUUGAGCCAGAAUGGGAUUUUCCUGACAUGACACUGCAUUUUGCUUUCUGAUGCAGACAUGCUGGUAUGGAAAGUCCCCACUUCACCAUUGCCAAUGAGUUAAUCUCAGUGCUGAUCUUGUUGAUAGCAUAAGUUGCUAUUUAUACUUCUUUGUCUUAGACUUUAAGCUUCAAAUCUCUUUCCUCUUUACUUCCUCCUAAGCCAGCACUCUCUACAGUCUGAGCUUUAUUCUUCUCUGCCUCUUUUUUUUUUGAGCAACUCUCUUAAUGACCUCAAUUAGCAGUUCAUUGCAUAGACCUCUGCCAGUUGAGGAGGCUUUUCUGUCAUUUUUGCCAUUUUCACGCUGACCACUUCCUUGUACCCAGUAGGGGUGGCUUUCCUCGGAUGACUCUGACUUUCUGAUCCAGCCCUACGUAGCAAAGCUCAGAAGCUCAAAACUGUAUCUGGAUUCUUUAUUCAGUACAGUAUUUGCACUGUGUUCUGCUGGAUAUAUUAAAAAGACAGAUGUGUAUUGUUCUAAAUUAGCUCCGGGAUGAGGCCAAGUUGUGGUUGCAGUCCAGAAAUGGAACAAUAAAAGUCGUUACUCUUAAAAAAUUCUGAGGAUGCUGGAAGGCAUUUUCUAGAAGGGCCUUGUUGUGUUUAGUGCAGAGG